UGCACCAACUCCACAGAUUACCUUACUGAUUUCUUCUACACUCUGAGAAGAGAAUUAUCUCGAAAGAACAUGUCUGGAAGAGGCAAAACCGGAGGAAAAGCCCGCGCCAAGGCUAAGACUCGCAGCUCCCGUGCUGGUCUGCAGUUCCCCGUCGGCCGUGUGCAUCGUCUCCUGCGUAAAGGCAACUACGCUGAACGAGUUGGUGCUGGUGCUCCCGUCUAUCUAGCUGCCGUUUUAGAGUACCUCACAGCUGAGAUCCUCGAGUUGGCGGGAAACGCUGCAAGAGACAACAAGAAGACCCGUAUCAUUCCUCGCCAUCUUCAGUUGGCCGUCCGUAACGAUGAGGAGCUGAACAAACUGCUCGGGGGAGUGACCAUCGCCCAGGGAGGUGUUCUCCCCAACAUCCAGGCCGUGUUGCUGCCUAAGAAGACUGGCCAGGCUGUCCAAAGCACCGGCAAAUCGGGAAAGAAGGGUUCUUCCCAGUCACAGGAGUAUUAGAAACUACGCUGAACUGAGUUAACUCACCCAAAGGCCCUUUUAAGGGCCACCCAAUUACUCAGAAAAGAGCUAACGUUCCUUGUGUUUUGAAUUCUGGUCGAAGUCUGUAUAGAGGGAGAACUUUUGCAUAUUAAACGGUCUUUUUU